AGAGAGAGAGGGAGUGAGAGUUGCCGACAGAUGCAACUUCCUCCUGACUCCGAGCUAGUUGCACUUUUGGGUGUGUGCUUGCUUUGAAAGAGUGGAUCGUUUCUGUGUGUGUGUGUGUCCCAACUGUGGCAGACCGCGGCUGCCGAAGGAUUCCUUGCCGACAGUGAGUUCCCCCUCCGAAGCCUGUACCUGAGGAGGGGGUGAUCGAGAGGGCUGUGGGAGCUGUGUGCCGCCUGUGGAGCCCGGGACCAUCAUGAGCUGUUGGCUGCUGCUCCCCUUGCUCACCGGCGUGGUGUCUAUCGCGGGAACCUGGACAGUGUAUGGUCUAGCCCUGAGAAAUGGCCAUGUGUGCCCAUUGUACAACUGGGUGUACAAUCGUUCCUGUCCUCCUGACACCUCGGUGAGAUGUUGCUCUGUUCAUAACAUGCCCUUUGUAAGCACCAGUGGAAUGAACCUUCCUGAAAACUCUCUCUACAGCGCGGUGCUUAAUGCAGUCUCUGUUUUAUUUGCUUUGGUGUGCAUUUUCCGACAUGCUCAGAUAGUGGAACGGAAAGGAGACGAGGCUGUGCUGAGUAAGGCCGCUAUGAUUAUAGGCUUCUUUGGCUCUAUAGGAGGCUUCAUCGCUGGAAACUGUAAUCCGUCAGUUCUCAUGGUGCUACACUACUUUGGAGCCACGCUGUGUUUUGUCAGCGGUUGUAUUUAUACCAUUUUACAGACAGUUUUAACAUUCAGGCUCCAUUUGACGGGGAAGGAGUGCUUCUUGGUGCCUCUACGUGCAGUUCUGACCAUUUUCCAAGUGGUCUUCUCUAUUUGUUAUCUGGCCUUUUUUGUCCAUCCAGACACCAAGAGGCAACAUAUAGGAGCCAUCUGUGAAUGGAUCUUGGCCACAAAUUUCUACGUCUUUAUCAUGUCAUUUUCCUUUGAAUUUUACUAUAUAACCUCAGCGGUGCUCUAUGCAUUGAUUAGUAGACCUGAUGAUGAGAAGGUUGCAAUUCUGUCCGAACCCAGAGGUACAAAUAUGGCCACGUUCAAUAAAUGACAUACGGAUUACCAUGUGCAGACAGGCCGCAGGAAUACGGGUUGUUGGAAUCAUACCAUUCUCUGUAAUACUUACAUUUUAUGUUGCGUAAAUCUCUUUGUCUCUAUCAAAAUGUUUCUUCUUCUUUGGAGCCCACAGGUUGGUUUUUUUUGUUUCUUAGCGAAUAGCCAGUUAGCACAUUGUGAACCCUAAAUGGAGGAUCACAGGCCCCCAUAUCCCUCUCAGUGCCACUGGGCAACAUAGUUUCCAGCUACAAUAUGGCAAGACAAGGCCAGGGGCUUUGAAUUUCAACUUUCCACUUAUUGUUGUGUCCACCAUAGGCAUUCCCAGCACCAAUCACAUGAGGUAUCCCAGGCCCUCCUGCCUCAUUGUACUCCAACUUCUGUAAAAGGAUUCAAGGCCUAGAUAUCGGUGAGCCUUGUUCACAAACUAGAGUUGGCUUUGGUCGAUCUGAGGAUAGCCAGGGAAGGAAAGGCCGAAAGAAGGGGACUCAGACCUCUCUGUCUUUUUCAGCCACCUCCUGGAUCCUUGACUGUUGUUUGUGGUCAGUGGCAGCCAGAAGGCAGGGAAGACAGGCUUCAGGCCUACCACUGAAGUUACCACUGGGCAAGCCUGUGCCGAGGAUGUCUAUGGUGUAAGAGCGGGGCGAGGGGGCGGGAUUUCAAGACCCCAUCUAUCCGCCAUGGAUUUACACUGGUGCCUCUGGAGAGAGGAUAGCCAGCAUAACUAACAAGCAAAGCAGUUUCUCAGGCAAGUUUUCAGCAGACAGAUUCAGCUUGCAGUGGGUCCAUGAUUGAGGCCCAGCACCCUGCCUUGCCCGACUGGGAACUCUGGACCUUCUCAUGAGUUUCAGAGGAAGAUUUAUCCCAAAUGACACGGGAGCUUCUGUUUGGAGAUGACUUUAUGGAAGUAUGGAUUGUAAAACACUUCCUUCAUCGUCAGACUGACAUCUGAUUAAGUUGCAAUUCAACGUAUGGGGGUGGGGUGUGAAGGGAAGAAGACCUGUCUCUUAGAGGGGAAGGGGUUUGGGGGUAACACAGCUGCAGCAACCUAGCUAGGCACCCGGCCUCCUCACUGAUGUACCGAUUGGCCACCAGCUGCAGUGCAGAAAAGGUGGUGUCAAAGUUACUCAUCUGAGGCAUUUUUAAGAUCAGUAACUUGUUGUUUUAAAAUCACACAGCACAGAUGGAGGCCAUUAGAGCCUCCCGUGGCUGUAUCCUCUCUGACUUUCUCAAUCAACUAGUUCCUCACCUCUCCUGUAUUUUGUUUUCCCUUGUACUAGUUAGAUAUUAUCCUAAUCAAUCUCUUUAGAGUCACUGUUAUGUAGUUGGGACUUCUGGAGUAGUUAGGACUGGGACCCAGGUCUCCUGGCGUAGAGAUAUGGUUAUUACUAUAGCACCACAAGAACACUAUCCUUUGCUGAAUUUAUCAAAUUCCCCUUUGCAGCUGAAUCUCCAAUCAGGCACUAUCUUGCAGAUCACAACUCCCCACCGCGUAAUCAAAUAAAAUCCUUAUGCCACUUAUGCUUCUUUUGUGAACCACUUAAAUCAUCGAUCAUGUUCUCUCCCACUGCUCUGUCGGAGCUGCUGUUUCUGCUGACCCUCUCUCGACCGAAGGUGAGACGUGACAGACCUCCUUAUGAAACCCCCUGUGCCAAAAUUUUACCCUUCCUGUCACACACGGGAGAAUAAAAAUGGACAUCACUGUUUUUGGACCUAUUUUCCAGAUUAUUUACUCUAUUCAGCAGGAGAAUGGACAAUGUACUGUAUUUAGUUCUAUAUUAUUUUUAGCACUG